AUGACUGAUCCGACGGCUGCGGCUUUGCUUCACAACACUGCCACGCGUGUGACUUUAGGGAAUACGCCGCUGCAUGCUGUGCCGGUGACGGUGGCCAAGCAGUUGAAACCCCUGCUGGAAUCAAGCACUUCAUUGACUGUCUUGACGGUCCACACACAAUUCACUCCUCCAGAAUCCUUAAGACUUAUUCUACUCGGUGCAUCGCGCUGCCGCAGCCUGCAGCAUAUGCGACUGGUGGGAGGCAUCAGUGUGCUGCAGUCAAAGAUGAUUAUGUCGGCUUUCAUGCAGUUUACUUUUGCUCGAAGAACAUCGAGGACGAACUCUGCAGUGAGACCAUUUAGUAAUCCUGCAGGGCGUUCUCCACAUACGCCUCUUUCAAAACGUCCAUCGCCAGCUCAAAGAAUCCGUCGCAACGUUGUGGUGUCCGAUGCAAAAAUGACCAAUGGCGGAUGCCAACCUGGUGGAUAUGGUCGACUGAACUCUCCCGCAUUGCGAAACAUGGAGGUCUCUAAAUCACCAUCGCCGCGCCUUUCUUGGUUGAAUGGAGUGCAAAUGGUAUUAGACCUGCAUCACCUUGAUGACGUUGUGGCGGGUUUUUUAUUGAAGGGACUGGAACGAUCAGAACGCAUUGUUGGACUUGAUCUUCACAUUGCCCCCACAUCACAGGCUGCCACACGUGCAGCGGUACGUAUGCUAUCGCAUGCAAAUGUGAUUGUUGCCCGCAACGCCCGACGUGUACGUUACCUUUUAAGCCAGAAUACUCCAGUUGAUGCGGCUUUUUUGCGGGGCGCGGAUAAGCGGGACAAAACAGAUUUUUCUUUGUGCUCGCCACUUCCUGAGGAUGUUCCAAGAGCGGAGCAAAGAGAGCAGGUGAGGGAAGGCGGAGAAAAGGAGAAGGAGGAGUGGGGAAGGGAGGCUACGACCAUGAGACAGGGGCUGUCGACGUUCGAUUUGAAUACACUUCCGCCGCGGCGUUAUUCCCCACCGCGACUUUUGUCAGGAGUGCCACCAGACCCUUCAUUGCGACCAAUGCAGCCGCAUGUGGUGAGUGCAAGCCCUCGAAUUUUUGACAAUGGCGAGUUGGAAAUGGGGCACAUGUCACGGCGUGGCGAGCAGAAGCAGAUGGAAGAGGAGGCAUCCCACGAGAAUGAAUGCUUCGUAUGCUCUGGGGGGUCGUUAUACACACCAGAAAAGAUACAAGCAUCAAAGAUCUCUUCAGAUACAAUAAAUAGGCGUGCGGGGGAAAGACGGGAAGACGGAUCGUGUGCAUGGCCGGCACCAAAAGACCCUUUGGAGACGACGCAACCGAGUCCCUCCUUUUCGCGCCACACACCGUGUUCACCCCCCUCGCCACGGGGGCAGUUUGUGCAACAUAUUCGAUAUCUCCACGGGUGUGUGCGGAAGAUCAACGGCGUUGUGGUGCGCUACCAGAUGGAGAGUCGUGACUCCAUACAGAGAUUGGUUGCCGAGAUGCAUGUGUUGGAGGAGCAGCUGACAGAAAGGGUAACCUCCAAACUAACGGACAUGUUGUUGUCCUUGUCGGAAUUGGAAAAGCAGGUCGAAUGA